CCCCUGCUGGUGCCCACCCUGUCCGGCCUCGUCCGCGGCUUCCACGUCCCCGCCGGCCCCUCCUCGGUGGUCGCCGUUUUGGGGAUCCCUUACGCCGAGCCCCCUGGGGUCCCUCCGCUUCGCCCCCCGCCCCGCCCGGCCCUGGCCGGGGUCGUGGACGCCUCGUCCCACCCGCACGCCUGCUUCCAGCCGGUGGACACCAUGUUCCCCGGCUUCGGCGGCUCCGAGAUGUGGAACCCCAACCGGGAGAUGAGCGAGGACUGCCUGUACCUCAACAUCUGGGCCCCCUCACCGCGGCCGCCGGCGCCGGCGCCGGUGCUGGUUUGGAUCUAUGGCGGCGGCUUCUACAGCGGCGCCGCCUCGCUGGACGUGUACGACGGGCGCUUCCUGGCGGCCGCCGAGGGCGUGCUGGUGGUCUCCAUGAACUACCGCGUGGGCGCCCUGGGCUUCCUGGCACUGCCGGGCCACCCCGAGGCCCCCGGCAACGUGGGGCUGCUGGACCAGCGGCUGGCGCUGCGCUGGGUGCAGGCCAACAUCGCCGCCUUCGGGGGCGACCCCGGCGCCGUCACCCUGUUCGGCGAGAGCGCCGGCGCGGCCUCGGUGGGCCUGCACCUGCUGUCGGGGGGCAGCCGGGCCCUGUUCCGCCGCGCCGUCCUGCAGAGCGGCUCCCCCAACGGGCCCUGGGCCACGGUGGGCGCGGCCGAGGGCCGGCGGCGGGCGGCGCGGCUGGGCCGGCUGGUGGGCUGCGGCGGGGUGGGCGCGGGCGGCGCGGUGACCAACGAGACGGAGCUGCUGGGCUGCCUGCGCGCCGCGCCGCCGCCGCAGCUGGUGGAGCACGAGGCGGCCGUGCUGCCGCAGCAGGGCGUGUUCCGCUUCGCCUUCGUGCCCGUGGUGGACGGCGAGUUCCUGGCCGACACCCCCGAGGCACUGCUGGGCGGCCCCGGGCGCCCCGAGGCCGAGGUGCUGCUGGGCGCCGUGCAGGACGAGGGCACCUACUUCCUGGUGUACGGCGUGCCGGGCUUCGGCAAGGACAACGAGAGCCUCAUCAGCCGCGAGGAGUUCCUGGGCGGGGUGCGCCUGGGGGUGCCCCAGGCCAACGAGCUGGCGGCCGAGGCCGUGGUGCUGCAGUACACGGACUGGCUGGACCAGGACAACCCCGUGAAGAACCGCGAGGCGCUGGACGACAUCGUGGGUGACCACAACGUGGUGUGCCCCCUCAUGCACUUCGCCCAGCGCUGGGCCGAGCGCGGCGGCACCGUCUUCGCCUACCUGUUCGACCACCGCGCCUCCAACCUGCUGUGGCCCCCCUGGAUGGGGGUCCCGCACGGCUACGAGAUCGAGUUCGUCUUCGGGCAGCCCCUCAACCCCGGCCUCAACUACACGGCCGAGGAGGAGGCGCUGAGCCGGCGCAUCAUGAGAUACUGGGGCAACUUCGCCAGGACCGGGGACCCGAACGAGCCGUCGGAGCGGGAGCGGCGCUGGCCGUCCUACACGGCGGCGGGGCAGAGCUACGCCCGCCUCAACGCGCGGCCCCUCGCCGUGGCCCAGGGGCUGCGGGCACAGGCCUGCGCCUUCUGGACACGCUUCCUGCCCAAGCUGCUCAAUGUCACCGGGGUCCCAGGGCCGAUGGAGGAGGCGGAGCGUCAGUGGCGCCUGGAAUUCCACCGCUGGAGCUCCUACAUGAUGCGCUGGAAGAGCCAGUUCGAGCUCUACAGUCGACAGGAACGGUGCCAGCCCCUCUAGGGACCCCCCAAAAUCCACCCAGGGCACCCCAAAAACCUGCAGCUGAACCCCAAAACCUUCACCUGCCCCCCAAAAUUCCCCUAAUCCCCUCCAGGACCCCAACUUCCCCCCAGAGCUUUACAGUCCCCUGGAGAAGUGCCAGGCCCUCUUGGGACUCCCAAAAACCCACCCAGGACACCCCAAAACCUUCAGCUGGUACCCAAAAACCUUCAGCUGGACCCCAAAAACCUUCAGCUGGACUCCAAAACCACCCAGGGCCCCUCAAAACCUGUCCAGGGACCCCAAAACCCACUUAAGACACCCCAAAACCUUCAACCCCCCCAAACCCAUGCAGGAUCCCCCAAAAACCAACCCAGGGCACCCCCAAACCUUCAGCUAGACCCCAAAAACCAUCCAGGACACCCCAAAACACACCCAAGACCCCCAAAACUAACCCAGGGAACCCCAAAACCAACCGAGGACCUCCCAAUACCCAAUUCCUCCCCCCACAGCAUCCCAACCCUCCCCGAGACCCCAAAAACACUGUGGAUCCCCGAGACCCCCCCAAAAUCCUCAUCUUUCCCCUCCCCCAACCCUCAGGUGUCACCCCAAUAAAGGCUCAAACCCAAA